AUGACCUUGCUCAGAUCUUGGGUGCUGGUAUUAUCCUCCGGCUCCUCGAAGAAGAGAGUGUGUCUGGACAACUUAGAAGUUGAUUUUUACGUCGACUAUAAAUCCCCGGACCUUGUAAAUGAGGUGAAGGGCGUGACAAACGGUGGGCCAUAUGCUGCAAUUAUUGUCUCUCCUUACAUUCGCCCCGGAGGGUCUGUCGUCACGGUGGGCCUUCCACCCGGGCAGAUGUCAACCAACAUUUUUGCCAUGGUCACGCAAAAGGUCAAUAUUAAAGGUUCCUUUGUUGGUAACCGAUAUGAGACAGAGGAAGCACUCAGAAUCAUGGCCAACUCUGGUUUCCAACUUCAGUCGAAGGUAGUCGAUUUUGCAGAUCUGACCAAAGUCUACGGCAUGAUGGAGAAAGGUUUGCAUUUGGAUCUUGCGGACAUUCAUUCCCAUCACUGA